AUGCCUCUUGUCGCUUCAAACCCGAAGGACCGCAUCAUCCUGGGUCUCAUGACCUUCGGACCUGAUGAAUCCGCCGGCGCCCGAAUCACUGAUCUGGAGACUUACAACAAGGCCCUCGAUGUCUUUCAAAGCCGCGGCUACAACGAGGUUGACACGGCUCGUGUGUACGUUGGCAGGAAGCAGGAGGCCUUCACUCGCGAGGCCAAGUGGAAGGAGAGGGGGUUGACGCUCGCCACAAAGGUUCAGUAUCCCGGACAGCCUGGCGAUCAUGCCGGGGCCAGGGUGAUCGAGUCCGUCGAAACUAGCUUAAAGGAGCUCGGCACCGACUCCGUCGAUAUCUUAUACCUCCAUGCUGCGGAUCGCGCAACCCCAUUUGCAGAGACACUUGAGGCUCUGGACAAGCUCCACAAGCAAGGCAAGUUCGUGAAGCUGGGCCUUAGCAAUUUCACCGCGUUUGAGGUGGCCGAAGUGGUCUUGACUGCCAAGUACAACGGUUGGGUCCGCCCGACGGUGUACCAGGGCAUGUACAACGUCAUCACACGCAGCAUCGAGCCCGAGCUGAUUCCGGCUCUGCGCCGCUAUGGACUCGACCUCGUCGUGUACAACCCCAUUGCCGGCGGUCUGUUUUCGGGCAAGAUCAAGUCCAAGGACAUCGUUCCAACGGAGGGCCGCUUCUCGGACAACCACGGCACGGGGGGCAACUACCGCAAGCGCUACUUCCGCGAGAGCACGUUCAAGGCUCUUCAGACAAUCGAGCAGGCGGUGGAGAAGAACGGGCUGACCAUGAUUGAGACGGCGCUGCGAUGGACGGUGCAUCACUCGGGCCUGAAGAUCAAGGAUGGCAACGACGGCAUCAUCAUUGGCGUAUCGAGCGUGCAGCAGCUCGAGGACAACCUCAACCAGCUCGAAAAGGGACCCCUUCCGGAGCAGGUUGUCCAGGCGCUUGAUCAGGCGUGGGCUGUUUCCAAGGCGGACACGACCAACUACUGGCACUUGGAUCUCGAGUACAAGUACGACACCCGGGAUGCUUUGUUCAGCGCCGGUGCCAAGUGA